AUGCCCCACGAUAUGCCCGUCGCGGCGGCGCCGGAGCCGGGGCCGGAGCCAACGUGGACCCGCAGGGACGACAAGCUGCUGGAGCUGUAUCUCUGCAGCCCCGUGUACCCAAGGUGGGAUCGCGUCGCCGUGCACUUCGGCGGCAAGACGCUGGCCCAGGCGUGCGAGAGGUACGAGCGCAUGGUCGCCGAGCUGCGUCACGUCCUCGACGCGCUGGAGGAAGUGGAGACGCCACGCGAGUGGGACAUGCAGAUCGUUGCUACGACAGCGGCGCCCGUAGCGGAACAAGUCCAGGCGGUGGUGCCGCCAGCUCCGCCGGUCGCGGCGGAGGACGAUUCUACUGCGCCAAUGCCGGCUAAUGCCGCCGUCGACACGCCGGAGGAAGGACAAGAACUCAAGAAGAGGAAGCACGGAGGCACAAGGAAAAAGCCCGAGAUGUGGACCGAAGAAGAGCACAAGCUGUUUUUGGAGGGUCUCAAGAUAUACGGGAAGGGCAAGUGGAAGGCGAUGUGGGAAGAGCACCUGCCAACGAAGAGCGCGAGCCAGAUCGCCAGCCACUACCAGAAGUACCGCAAUAGGUCGGAACAACGGAAACGCAACGACUGCAAGCGGAAGAGCAUACAUGAUAUCACCGAUGAUCAUGAGCCGGCACGUAAAGACGAUGAACUUGCAAGACCUGAGGGUGAGGCUCCAGGUGAAGAUGGACGUAGACCAGCUCAGGGUGGUGAGGUUGAUGAGGAAUUUCUAGGUGAAGAUCUCGAAACACUUUUUACAUAG